AUGACACAAAUUAAGAAAUAUCUGCUAGCUAAACAACGGCAUCCUCAUCAUCGGCAACAAAAUUCUAGUCGACAAAGCUUUCAACAACAGAACGAAUAUUCCAUUCAAGUUGAUAACUUACCACUAUCAAUCGAAUUACAGGAAAUUCAGAAUUUAUUUUCGCAAUAUGGUCUCAUUGCCCAGGCAGACGUUAUAGACGUUAAUGAUGGUACAAAGAAACGAGCCAUACUGCAGUUCGAUUCCUAUGAUCAAGCAGAAAGAGCGGCCAAAGAACUCGACGGAAUGAUGAUUCAAGAUAUGCGAAUAAAGGUUACACAACUCGAAGAUACCGCUGUAUCGUAUUUGACCGAUAAAUUUUCCGGUAUUAGAAUGAGCCCACGAAAUCUAACUCGCACCCCCAGCCAUUGCGAAUUUCCAUUAAGGAUUUUAGUUCCAACUGAAAUGGUUGGAGCAAUCAUUGGUCGUGAAGGCAACACUAUUAGAAGUAUUACACAACAAACACAAGCUAGGGUGGAUGUCCAUCGUCGUGAAAGCUUGGGAUCAGCUGAAAAGGCCAUCACAAUACUUGGAACACCCGAUAGUUGUACUUCUGCUGCUCUACAAAUUGCUAAAAUUAUGCAAUCAGAAUUACUAAGCACCAAUCCCCAACUGAAACUAAAAGUGGAGCAAGGCCAUCCUAUUCCCAAUAUUCCAUUAAAGAUACUUGCUCACAACAAUUUAAUUGGAAGGCUGAUCGGUAAAAAUGGCAAUGUCAUCAAGAGUAUUAUGAAUCAGACUAACUCCAAGAUUACAAUCUCUAAAUUGGAAGAUUUGAAGAGUGGAUAUUCAGAGAGAACAAUUACUGUUAUUGGAACAGUUGAGAACUCAUCAAGAGCUGAGGCUUUAUUAAGUGCUAAACUUCGCUCUUAUUAUAAGCAAGAUAUGGCUAGUAUGAUUCCACAACGGCAAGGCCAAUCAUCAGCUAAUUCCAAUUCUAAUGGUAGCUCUUAUCCCUUGUCCAAUUCUACUACUAGUUCAGUCAGUGAUAGCGGUAGCUUGAUUGAUAGUGCCGCAAUAUCACCUUUGAGCAUUCCUAAUUCACCUUCUGGCCUAUUUUCCAAUAAUUCGGUCUUUCUUGAAAAUGAUAAUGUUCAGAGUGAUGAGAUUGAAACGACUGCUAUUUAUAUACCUAUCCAAACUUUUAAUUAUGUUAUUGGCGCUAGAGGAAAUCAACUUCCGGCAUUGGAGCAAAUUUCUGGCGCAUCGUUGCAGUUAGUACAGUCCAUGUAUAGUGGUGCCAAUGAAAGAAAAGUUGUUGUUAAUGGAAAUGCUUCCUCACAAUGGAAGGCUCAGCUAUCCAUAUUUAAUAAAGUUGGUGAAGGAUUAACACCGAGCGAAGAGCUAAGUUUAAGGACCGAAAUUUUAGUACCCAGCCCCUUGGUUGGUCGUAUUAUUGGCAAAGGGGGCAGUACUGUCCGGCAAUUACAAUCGCAGACUGGCGCUAUGAUUGAGAUUCCACGUGGAAUGGCUGACGGAGAUAAAGUAUCCGUUCAUAUCAAGGGUACAUUUCUAGCUAGUCAGGCUGCACAGCGACGAAUUCGUUCCAUUAUUCGCCAAUCAAGUCAAGCUCACAUUGCCCCAUUUGGAAAUCAUUAUCCUAAAUGGGCCUUUGACAAAAUACCUCAAGAAACAAAACUCUUCUAG